AGGAGCAGAGCCGCUGGCUCCACUCAGCUCCCAGCUUCCAGGACUCUGCUGGCUCCUCGCAAGUCCUGCCGCCCAGCCCGCCAGGAUGCAGUCCGGGCCGCGGCCCCCACCUCCAGCCCCCGCCCUGGCCUUGGCUUUGACCCUGGCUAUGUUGGCCAGACUUGCAUCCACCGCUUCCUUCUUCGGUGAGAACCACCUGGAGGUGCCUGUGGCCACAGCUCUGACCGACAUAGACCUACAGCUGCAGUUCUCCACGUCCCAGCCUGAAGCCCUCCUUCUCCUGGCAGCAGGCCCAGCUGACCACCUCCUGCUGCAGCUCUACUCUGGACGCCUGCAGGUCAGACUUGUCCUGAGCCAGGAGGAGCUGAGGCUGCAGACCCCAGCAGAGACGCUGCUGAGUGACUCCAUUGCCCAUACUAUGGUGCUGAUUGUCGUAGAGGGCUGGGCCACAUUGUCAGUUGAUGGGUUUCUGAACGCCUCCUGUACAGUCCCAGGAGCCCCCAUAGAGGUCCCCUAUGGGCUCUUUGUUGGGGGCACUGGGAGCCUUGGCCUGCCCUAUCUGAGGGGAACCAGCCGAGCCCUGAGGGGUUGCCUCCAUGCAGCCACCCUCAAUGACUGCAGCCUCCUCUGAGCUGCUGAAAUCCCAGGUGC